AUGUUCAACACGGGGGAUGGCAUGCUGGAGGAGCGACUUCUGGAGUUCCUCUGUGCCCCACCCGCCUAUGACUGGGAGCCCACGCAACUGCUUGCGCUGCGCUUGUGCAACCAAGCUUGGCGAGACAAGGCUGGCCCCGCUCUAUUCACUGGCUGCUCCCACCGGCUAGCCAGCGAAGAUGCCCAAGUGCGGGCUGCUGCUGUCAGCGCGCUGGCGGCCGCCAGCAAUUGUGGAAGAAUAGAUCAGGACGGACCGGGUGACGGGGCGCGCGCUGCUGCCAUCGAUGCGGCAGUGAAGAGCCUGCAGGAUGCCUCGGUGGACGUUCGGAGGGUGGCUUUGCGCACCCUGGCCCAUGUGGCACCUUGCGGGGAUCGGACGGCCCUGGAGCAAGCGGCAGCAUUGCUCACGGACCGUGCGUGGCCCGUGCGCUGUGCGGCUGUGGAUGCUGUGGCCUGGCUGGCACAAGGCGGCGACAAAGAGACGACCUCCAGGGCGCUGGAGCUCCUGUCAGAUCGCUUGCAGGAUGCAGACUGGACAGUGCGACGGGCUGCUGCAAGAGGUUUUGGAAACUUACUUCAGUUCGUCACAGCCCUGUCUGAAGAACUGAAGCGGGAUGGUGUGGUGGACUCGCAACUGCCACAUCCUGAGGAUCUUCAAGAUGCCUUGGAGCACGCCGUCUUCCCAGUCUCGCAGCUCCUGCAAGAUCCAUCGGUGCAUGCCCGGCAGGCUGCUUUAGAUCUGCUGCACUGGCUCCCGGCUAACGAAGGACUUAUCCAAACUCUGCGCCAUCACUCUCAGACUGAGCUGGUCCCACACCUCCGAUGUGAAGCGGAGAAGCUGCUCGGCCAGUUGACAGAACCUCGCAACCCAGAGUAG